UGUCCUAAACAUGCAGGCUAGUUCAACCCAAAGUUCAACCCUUUUUUUCUUUAUCAAACUCCUACAGUCCUUGAGGCUCUUAGUAUGCCAUUGCUCUUUGAUACCAACAUGAGGUUCAAAUUCCCAUUUGUGGCCAUAGGUUUGCAGAUUUCCAUGAUCAUUUUAUUUGGAUUUUUUGUUGGCUAUGAAAAUAAUUGGGGAAAUGUCCAGCAGAAUUACAACUCCACUCAUCCUGACAGAUUCCUUGAGCUAUACCCUUUGUUCCAGGACGUUCAUGUUAUGAUCUUCACGGGGUUUGGCUUCCUCAUGACCUUUCUGAAGAAAUAUGGCUUUAGCAGUGUGGGGAUCAACCUGCUGAUUGCUGCCUUGGGUCUGCAGUGGGGCACCCUCACGCAGGGGAUAUUACACCACAAUGAGAAAUUUUACAUUGGCAUCAAAAACAUGAUAAAUGCAGACUUCAGUACAGCCACAGUUCUGAUCUCCUUUGGAGCUGUCCUAGGCAAAACAAGCCCAGUCCAAAUGUUAAUCAUGGUGAUUUUUGAAAUCGCUGUCUUUGCAGUAAAUGAACAUCUUGUUGGUACGAUACUGAAGGCCACCGAUACUGGGGCAUCAAUGACCAUUCAUGCCUUUGGAGCUUAUUUUGGAUUAGCAGUAGCAGGUGUCUUAUAUCGGCCAGGUCUCAAGAAAAAAGGGCAUGACAAUGAAAAGUCUGUGUAUCACUCAGAUUUGUUUGCUAUGAUUGGCACGCUUUUCCUUUGGAUGUUCUGGCCCAGUUUUAACUCUGCAAUUGCUGAUGCCGGGAACCACCAGUACAUGGCAAUUAUAAACACAUAUUUCUCAUUAGCUGCCUGUGUGCUCACUGCCUUUGCAUUCUCCAGCCUUGUCGACCAUCAUGGAAAACUUGAUAUGGUUCACAUUCAAAAUGCAACUCUUGCAGGAGGAGUAGCUGUGGGUUCCUGUGCAGACAUGGAAAUCCAGCCUUUUGGUGCUAUGAUAAUUGGUGCCAUUGCUGGGAUUGUCUCUGUCCUUGGAUACAAAUUUCUGACACCAUUUUUUACCAACAAACUGAGGAUUCAUGACACAUGUGGUGUUCAUAAUUUGCAUGGCUUACCUGGAGUGAUAGGGGGUGUUGCAAGCAUUGUGGCAGUAGCCUUGGGAGUCACUACGAAGACCACCCUGGCUAUGCAGGCAGCUGCUCUGGGUACUUCCCUAGGAACUGCAAUUGUUGGAGGACUAUUAACUGGUUUAAUUCUAAAGAUACCCAUAUGGGGAGAACCACCUGACCAAGAAUGCUAUGAUGAUUCUGUAUAUUGGGAGGUUCCUGAAGAAGGAUAUGACCAUACUUCCAUGAUAAUGGUGACCACAGAUGACUAGAGCCAAAGACCUAAAAAUAUAAACAAUUCCAUAUUCUUUUAUCUAAUUUUCUCCCAGAAUAUUCUUUUUGUUAAAAAAAAAAAAAGCAACAACCAGAUAAUAUUUUAAAUUUGCAACACAGACAAUAAUGAACACAUUUUAUGUCCCAAAUGUCUGUGGAAUUUUAGCUACCUUACUAGCCUGAUAGUAUAUCAUUUUCAAGUUUCAUGGCUCCCAUACAUCCUCUCCAUGACUACCACUGGGCAUAGACAGUUCAGAAUGGGUUUUCCUAUUCAUAAUAUUGCCAAAAUUAAGGAUUCCCAAAUGUUUCAAGUAUAAAGACAGUUUUAAACAUUUUUUUAAAAUUUACCUCCUAAUGAUUUAUAGUUAUUAGUAUCUGUUAAUCUGUAAAAAUACAUGACAAAAGGCUACUAUUUAUUCAGUAGGACUUUUAAAUAAACAUGUAUUUUAUUCAUCACAAAAGCAUUUAUAUACAUUUUAAAAUAGUACUUAUAUGUGUGGGAAACAUAAUUUAUUCAUUCUUAGAAUUUAAAUUCUUUUAGGGUAGAUCCUAUAUCUGCAGGGCUCUGUGCAGGAAUGUUCUUGAUUAAACAUGCAUUAGAAUAAUACUUCAUAUAAGUAUAAAUACGCAGUUGCUUUUAUUAAUGAUUUUUCUAUAAAAAAAAGGUAUCUGAUGUUUUCAUAUUUGUAGUUUCCUUUGGGCAAAUUUUAGGGUUAAUUAUUAUACUUCUUUCCUUUUGCUAUAAAAAUGGAAAUACUUAUUCUAAAAUAUGUUUUUGUAUGUUCGGUAUUUGCGAUAAGCAUUAAAAUCCAAAUAGAAUGAAGUUAACUUUUAUAAGUUUUUUUUAAUAGAUUAAAUGAUGUAACAAAGAACAAAAUUUAUCUUUGAUUUUCAUUUUGAAGCCUAGUAACUUCUUAGUAUAUUGAGAGUCACUCAUUUAACAAGCACUUAUUAAAUAUUUAUAUAAGCAAAGAUAUAGGAGAGAAAAAGAGAAAUCAUUUUAUUUUAUUUUAAUCCAUUAUGGAAAGAAUAUAAAAUUGAACUUGCUUCUCUCAUUAUUCAGAAUGGAAUUACUAGUAUGGGAGAAAGUUUCAUAUUAUAUGAAAAAUUUCACCAAGCAACAUUACUGGAUAUUUCCCCCAAGUAGCUCAAUGACAGAAAUUUUUUAUAUGUAACAAAAUAGUCAUAGUAUUCUCUGUGGUGGGGGAAAAAAAAAAAACCUAGAAUCAAAGUCGAUGUCCACUGAUUUUUGAAGAAUGGCUAUUGUUGUUGUCUGUCCUUUUUCAAUGAAGAUCAAUGAUAUCAUGUGGAAAUGAUAGCUUAUAAAAUGGUGAUAGAACAGUUACUAUACUAUAAGAAAUCACAAGUGUAAAUAAUUCAGAGAAAGUUGGAAAGGCUGCUGGUUAGUGACUGCAAAGAUUGCAUUCACCUACCACCCACCACAAGCAUAUAUAACCAAGAGAAACAAAUUCCCAUAUAUCCAAAAAUAGUCUCAAUCUAUAGUCUUCAUCCAUGUAUCAUCUCUUUCUAUGAAAAUGAACAGCAUGUUGAAAUA